AUGCAAGUUCGGUCAAUACACAGUUUAUGGUGGCAAGAAGGACAGUGGGGAAUGCGCGCUCGAGAGAGAAUUGAAAUUCCAGACCCAACUCCAACAAGAACUCUCAAGUUACCAGAGACUCGUGUGAAGAAGAAGUCAUAUAACAAAGCACUUAUAGCCAUAUACAUGGCACGUUUAGAGUAA